UCUAGUUGUAAUGUGUAGACUGACUGAUUUGAACAACGAUGUCCUUGCUCAGAUGUACUCCAAAGGAGAAUUCCACAAAGCAUGAUGAAAUCUGGGAUCCUUCUCUGGAGGAAAUUCUUUCAUACGAAGCAAAGAUCAUUGGCUCUAUAGUUGAGAAAUCUGCACUGGAUCAGGUCUCAGAGUCUUCUCUAGAGGAAUUGCUUUCACAUGGAACCGAAGUCACUGGCUCUGAAGUGAAAAAAUCUGUGAAGGAUCAGGGCUCAGAAUUACUUGACCUCCAAGGACUGCCUGUGCAAUUUUGUCAUGUAGUGUCUCCAGAGAAAAUAUACUUCCACUGGUUGGAAACAGAGACUUUACUUGCAAGUUUGCAGGAGGAGAUGGCUGCUGUUUAUGAAAACUCAUACCUUGAACCAAUUCCAUGGACAAGUGGUAUGCAUUGCGCUGUUUUGAUACCUCAGCUGCAACAAUGGCGGAGAGGACAAAUUACCAGAAUGAUUUCAGAAACUCUGGUAGAGGUCAUUCAGUAUGAUUAUGGUGUUGAAAUGGAGGUGAACGUUUCUUGUCUAAGGAAGCUUAAAGAAAAUAUGAUGGAGAUGGGGAAAUUUGCCUUGGAAUGUUGCCUUGUCGAUAUCAGACCAGCCAGUGGGAGUGACAGAUGGACAGCGACAACCUGUGACUAUCUUUCGUUUUGCCUUACUGGAGCCGUAGCAAAAAUAAUCAUUCAGGAGAAGCAGAGAAAUCCCAUGCCUGUGAAAAUUUUAUGGCAAGAUAAAACAGGAAAGAGUUUUGAUUUUUCUGCAAUUCUUGUAGAAAAGGGUUUGGCUUUGAGAGAAAAGAGAUUCUCCAGAGCUGAGGCAAGUCUUGAAAUCCCACCGAUGCCAAAGAAUCCAGCAACAGCAACGUGUCCCAAGAUAUAUUGUAAAUCAGAGACAGAAGUCACUGGAGCUAAAGCAUUCAAGCCAGCUUUUAAGCCCCAAACUGUUGAAACCUACAAGCCACCUGUUAUUCCUAGCGAGAAAGUCUUUGAGGCAAUAAUAAGCUGGGUUGCAGAUGAUGGAACAAUCUAUGUGAUACCAAAAUCAUCAGAGCCUGAAUUCACUGAGUUGAUGGAGAAAAUGCAAGGUGCCUUUACAAGUCUUGAUCUGUUGGUACCCCACUCUUGGAGAAAAGAAGAAGCCUGUGUCAUAAGAGGAUCAGAUAGUCGGUGGUAUCGAGGUGUCGUAUUGGAAAUUAUUGAGAGUUGUGUCAGGGUGCAGUAUUUAGAUCUUGGCUAUGUUGAGGAGAUCCCUCCCUGCCAUCUCUACCCAGUUGAGUGCUCUACUGAACUACCUCAGUUUUGCAUACCCUGUCAAUUAUAUAACACCCUUCCUGUUGGAAAGUUCUGGUCUCCAGAUGCAGUGGAACUCCUUCGAGAAUUACUACUGCCCAAGAGGGAGGUCAAGAUCCGUAACAUGGCAUCUCCAGAACAUCCAGUGGGAAUGUUAUCUGUUCAUCUCUAUUUUGCUGGGAUGUCCCUGUCUUAUUUUAUGGCACACCAUAAACACUGCACCCCUGAAGGUUCAGAAGAUGGAUUGAAACCAGAGGUAGAGAAUCAGGGUGAAAAUUCUGUGGAGAAAGAUUGGAAGAUCAGUUUUGGAAGUUGGAAGAUCAGUUUUGAGGAGUUGCAUCGGCCUGAAACAAAGAUCCGUGUUUUACCACCAUACUCCUUGUUAUCUCUGCCUUCUCCAGGAAAGCAUUUUGCUGUUCAAGUUAGGCACCUCGUUGUACCUAAUGAGGUUUACGUUUGUCCUGAACAAGGAGACAGUUCAAGCCACAGCCAAGGCGCAGAUGAGAGAAAAAUCAGCUGGAACUCUGAACCUGAGAGCCUGGAAGAAGGACUGCAGCACUGUAAUCGGAGUGCAUCAUCUCUUCCUUUUCUGACUGAUUUUAAGACAGACAUGCCUUGCCUGGCACAAUACAGUGAUGGCUUGUGGUAUAGAGGAAGAAUUAUUUCUGCUACUGAAUUUGAUCCUCUCGCAGUGUUGGUACAAUUUGUUGACUAUGGGACUCGGCAAAAAUUGUCAACAGGCAGGUUACGUCAGAUUCCUGAUGGCCUCAUGCGCUAUCCAGCCCAGGCUGUCAAAGUUACUUUAACUGGGUUUAAACCUCCUAAAAGUGAUUUAGAAAAAGUAAGAAUUCCUUACUGCCCCAGCUGGAGCAUGGAAGCAGUGUGGGCUAUGGUAGACCGUCUUCAGGGCAAACGACUUCAGGCUCUCACUUUGAUUCGGACACCUGAGCCCAUGGUGGUUUUAUAUGACGAUGAACGAAACCCAGUUUAUAGGCCAUUGGUCGAUAUGGGACUUGCAGAUCUAGAUGAGUAAUGGAUUCCUAGUUAACAUGGUGGAGUUCCGGGAGAAGGUCCGAAGAAACAAAAUACAUCUUUCCUGUCAAACCGAUUGGUGUGUGUCCCGGUUAUGAGACACGUGAGAUGUUCUCUGAAACAAGUAAUGUAUGUUGAGUUUGGAACUAUUUUCAGACGUUCACAAUAAAUGUUGCUUUUGAGUCUUCAGUUAA